UCCCCACGUAGAAAACAAGGGUGACCAAGGGGGAGAGGGCGUCUGCAGGGAGGGGCGAUGGUCCCCCCUUCCUUCGCCCUUCCACCGUAGGAAGGAAGGGGGCCUGCGGUCAUGCGAACCACUCCUGUUGAGGGUUCUCGGACACCCUGGUUCCUGUUAGCUGGGCGGCUAUAUAAGUGUGGCGAGGGUGGUUCCAAGAGACCAGACCAGCAGUGGAUACGUCCUCGGUGUGAUUCGCCCUGCUCCGGGCGACGCGAGGCAGAAGGCUCCCCCCUCCUUGUGACCGGACUAUUCGCGCCCAGACUUCUCCUAUCGGCCGGUGGCUUUGGCUCUAGUGCCCGUGUGUGCUGUGCGCGCUCGCCGAAGACCUCGCCCCUUGGAAUCGUAGCAAGCGCAAGCAACAUGCGGCUAUCGACCUCAACGACGAUCGGUGCCCUGCUUCUGACUUUCGUGAUCCUGCUGGCGCUCCUCGUGGAAGAAGCUAGCGCCGGCCAUCACUUGCACCACAAGAAGAAGCUCAAGAAGGUUGCCAAGCUGGCGAUCCUGGCGAAGAUUCUGGCGCCCAAGUUUCUGCCCGUGCCGCUGCCCAUCCCGAUACCCAUCAAGAUCGUUAAGAACCAACAUGGCGGCCAUGGGUGGCACGGAGGCGGUGGGUGGCAUGGCGGUGGUGGUGGUGGAUGGCACGGUGGCGGUGGUUGGAAGCCCCAGCUCGACUUACACACUGUGAAGGUCAUCGACGCCGGUGCGACCCACCUUGCAGGGGGAGGCCACGGCGGAUGGGAGGACGCUAAGGGCUGGGACGCCGGCGGCUGGGAGCCGGCAGGCUGGGAUGCGGGUGGUGGUGGUGGCGGCGGCAGCGGUCAUGGCUGGUGGUAGUCUCCCGAUAGAACAUUAUGUAUCGUUACCUCGACGCACGUGCCUUUUUCUAGGAACUGUAAGACCUCUCACAAGAACAUUCUAGGUUACACGCUAACGUCGAAGUUUCACGUGUUUUCCGUUUAUUUUCUUGUUUUUUUUUAUAUGUCAUUCGUUGCGAGCAUUGCCCGCCUAGAUAUUCUGCUGAUCGACGCGCCGCGCGUGGCAGUUCCGUAGUCCUCUGCAUGGUCAGCGACUUCAUUCUACGUCACGAGGAACGCGCGCGCUCGCCCCCUCGGCCACGCCACAUUUUAACUCAAGUGUGCUGGUGACGAACCAGCUGUGCCUCCUAAAGGCGCGGGAAGCGCAAAGACAGGUAGUCUAAGAGAAUUCCGCUUGAGCACUUCGGCUGCUUUCACCUAAGAUUUUCCCGUUAUAACUGCACGCAACUAAAUAUGGGUGUGUAAGUGACGAACGUAACCGUCAUACCGUGUGCUAUGAACUAACAUCUCGGUCUCCUUUGUCAAAACUAGUAACCAUCAGCUAAGAAAGACUCAAGCGGAAUUUUCAGAUGUCCUACUGCUGAUACGGCUUUCUCAGCUUAGGACGCAGUAUUUCUGCAGGUAUACGAAAGCAGAGAGAGAUGACUGACAAUGUUUUCGGCACAAGAGUAUUCAGGCAGAAUCGGGCCAGAGAUUCUGUGUGCACUGCUUAACGGUGUUAGCGAAAGUAGAGAAAUGGUUGCAUAGACAGAUGUACGUGAAUUUGGAGAAACACUAUAGUCAUUUUGCGUUAUGGCGUGUUCAGCUCUCUUCACACGUUCCCGUUGAUCAAGCGUACUUUUGCAAGUGCAUUGCUAUUCAAUUGCCUUUUCACUCGCCCAUUCCUCACCAUCAAGUGUCCAGGGGUUCAGACCUGAGAGCCAAGCGACCGCUACGGCCACCCUCAUCUUUGGCCUGUUAUCCCUAAGACCGUGUGACUGGCUCCGGGGGACUUCAAGACGAACUUCCUAGACAGCAAAUGGCAACCGUACCAAGCGCCGUUCUUAGACCUUCCGUGCCUUCAUUUUAUGCUAUCUUGUAUGUUUAUCUUCUUUCUUUCCUCAGACUCCGUGCACAUGUCCUUGUCGUUCUAAUUGCUACCUGCGUUCUAUUUGAGUAAAGAUCUCUGCGGAAGACGUGACCACUCUCCCGAACAUAAUAAACCUUCCCUGCCUCCUAGUGUGUAAUUAAGUCUUCCUUGUAUGUAUAUUAAUCCUGUAGGCUACGCUUACAUGGAAAACUUGAAACCUUCUGUUUUCUAGGACUCCUUCCUAUUCACAUUAACAAAAUGGACUACCAGUGCCGCCGAUGUGCCAUUCAUCUAACGUUUAGCGUGCUCGGCAUUAACAAAAACAACACACUCACCUGUAAUAGUCAGCAAUGUUACUAACUGUACUCACAUAUGUUUGUAUUGUUCUGCGAAGUUUCCUAUCGAAAGCGAGAGACUUCUCCCUUUCUUCGUUACAUUCUUUAGCUUGGCCUAUCUGUUGUAUGUCAUCAUCAGCUUAUCAUAGUAGUGCAGUUUUUACUGUCUCUUUCAUUGACCUUAUAGCACAGACUGUUUUUCAAAACAGUCAGUCUCAGGCUUGAAGAAGCGUGUACAGGUCGCAAGAAUGUAUCGGAAAAGGAGUGUUGUGCGCAUUAAGGGUAUGAAUGCUCGUUAACUGUCUCGUCCGCGUGCUUUCCUUGGCUGUCCUUGUAGUUUGUGCUCGUUUCAAAAUCUUAGAACUCGUUAGUGUUGUCCGUCCUGGUGCCCCGAGCCAAAGAAGGCUGCAGCCUUUUACGCGACAGUGUAAACUAACCGAUAUGUGUCCUGAAAACGCCUCAUGCUUAAGCAACUAACAGAAUUAACGACAAUGCUUUCUAGCCUUCGGAAAUAACAAGUUGUUGUUGCUCUAUGUUGUUUGUUAACUAGUGACUGGUGUUAUCCCCUGCCUUUGUAUUUUUUUCGUUCUGGUCAAGUUACCGUAAAAAUGUCUUCGUGUAAAAACUACUUCGUGUGUGAGAAAGAAAUAGUCUUUCAAAAUAAUAUGUGAUCGUGUGUAUCGUCCAAAGUGUAAUCGUGUCUGUGCUUGUAAACUCACCAUAGUGUUGUUUGUCAUUUUUUUUUAAAACUUGUGCAACGACGAAUGUCUCGGCGCGUGAAUGAGUCAUUGCUUAUAUAGAGUGUAUGAAAACGCGUGUGAAGUUUUGUGUUGUCAUCAAAAUGCGUAUGUCUGUUCAAAAUGCUUCCCAAUCUCGAGUUAACAUGUAAAUAAACGUUCACAACCCCUGUA